UCGACUCCAGUUCAGGGUUCUCUCAAUAUUAUCUUGGAACUUUCCCAUAUUCUCAAGUAAAGCAAGCUUCAUCGAACAAACAUGGUAGUUAUAUGUACCUCCACCACUGUUCCCAUAAAUACUUGCAAUGACGUCGCCUCCGACGUCUUAACACCUGCUGAAUUCUGGGAAGUCCUGGAGCACAAAUGCCGCAACCCAGCCACUUUUGUCAAAUCCAUCACAAGUUCUCGGGUUGUCCAGGAGGAUCACGACAAAACAGGACAAGUUACAAGUCUUACCAGGCUCGUCACGGUCAAUGGAGGCGAACACGAGAUUGAAGAAAUUGCAAUUCUUAAAAAGCCCGUCAUGAUUGAAUUCAGGAUCCCCUCAACUGGAACUUCCAUUAAAAAUAUUCUGUCACGAGGAGCCGAGCAGAUGCAUCAUCCGACAGAUAUCUACAUGGUGUCAACCUAUGAGUGGCAUCAUCCGGAAGUGGAAGAGGGCAGUGAGGAACACAAGAAGCUUACUGAAUAUUACUGGCAUAUGAGUAACGAAACUGUGAAGCACACAGUGGCAGUAGCUAAGAAAAUGAAGGCUGAAGGAAAACUGGCCGAUUUGAUGAAAGAAUAGCUUUUAGUUAAAAUUUCACAUCGUCUAAUACAUCGGACGAAUU